CUUUUCACUUAUGUAUGUUUAAUUUCAAAAAUAGCUUACAAGUAAUACCAUCAUCGAUUUCAACCUCGUCCCUUUCCCCUUUCAACGAGCUCUGAUUUCCGUCCAGCCCCAAAACUCCACCCACGAGCGACCUUCACCCCCCCUCUCCGACGUAAAACACGCUAGGAGGUGUGGUUCAGAUAUGGAAUUCGCCGCCUCCAUCUCACAGUCUCGCCGAUGCCACAUGACAAGUUAAGAUUAUCUGCUACAAUGAUGGCCCGCCAUCUGUAUUCUCUGCUCCAACGACUGUAAUUGGGAGGUCUGCCGCUGUCAAUGCUUCCCUGUCAAGAAUAGAAGACGGAUCUAUCGAUGGUGUGCCUAGAAAUUCGUUAUCCGAAAAAAUCUGGCCGUCCGAAAAAUCUGGCUCAGUGUUGACCUCAAUGAGCGCAGUAGAGGUCGGAUGAAUUGGAAGCACCUCACGCACGCCGCAGGGGCCACACCGCAAGCAUCGCCGGAGUCCGAACGCCCCAUUCUGCUGCUCUUGCUCGCCUGCGCAGCUUCUCUGGAGUCUCGACUCAGUGUUUUUAGUUUAUAGUCAGCCUCCCUGAACAUCCGUCUUGCUACGCCCCUGAUAAUGCGACCUGCUAUUUCUGAAACAUGUGACGAAGUUAUAGUGAAGUUCUCCCCUUGAAAAAUACGCCACUGGGUUCAGAGAAGCCUCCAUUGGAGUUAGUCUGAAAGAAUGGGCAUGAAAAGGUUGAGAAAGGCAAAUAUUAGAAUUGACCCAUUUCAGCCUGAGCAGAGUUAAAGUGUAACACUUCAUUGAUUGAGCAUUUGAGCCUAAGCAGUAUGAAGUUUACAUGUUUGAGCAAGGGUCAGGGUUAUCAUUUCCCUCCAUGUCACGUUCUCAAUGUUUGCGGCUUCCAGGUGUUAUUUGAUUACCCUUUGGACCUUUCAUCUCUUUCAAUUUUCUCUCCACUGCCAACUGAUCCACCUUUCUUGAGUGAUGCCACAAGUUUAAUACACGCAGAACCGUGGUAUAAAACUGUUGAAAGGCUAAACCUUAUAAAUAAAUCCUUCAUAGAUGUUGUGUUGAUCACAAGUCCAAUGGGCUUACUUGGGCUACCAUAUCUCACUCGUGAAAAAGGCUUUUCUGCAAAGAUUUAUGCAACAGAAGCUGCUGCUAGACUCGGUCAACUAAUAAUGCAGGACCUUGUUGCUAUCCAUAUGGAGAUGAGACAAUUCUAUGGGGUUGAAGAGGCUUGUUUCCCAGAAUUAAUGAAUUGGGAAAAACUUGAGUUGCUUCCCGUGGAACUAAAGGAGAUUGUUUUGGGCAAGCAUGCAACAGGUCUUGCUGGGUGGAUGCAAUUGUACAGUGCGGCUGAAGUCAAGAGUUGCAUAGAGAAGGUUCAUUGUCUUAAAUACGCUGAAGAAUCCUGCUACAAUGGAACCUUAACCUUAAAAGCAUUCAGUUCUGGUUUAGAAGUUGGUGCUUGUAAUUGGACCGUUGUCAGCCCAAAAGGAAGCAUCACAUAUCUUUCAGGAUCUAUUUUUUCUUCAGAAACUGCAAUGAGUUUUGAUUACAUUUCACUUCAGAAAAGUGAUGUGUUGUUAUACUCUGGCUAUGCACCUUCAGAUAUUGACAAUGUGGAUGGUGACAACUGUGUCUCCUCUCCAGCUAAGAAUGAUUCCUCCUAUCCAAGUGACACUUUCUUGGAAGACACAGAAAAGUAUUUGCUUGAUCCUAGUGAGUACCAUGAAGAGAUGGAAAAAAUGAAUUUUCUUUGUUCAUGUGUUCUGGACUCUGUUAAUGCCGGAGGAUCAGUGCUUAUUCCCAUUGGACGACCGGGUAUCAUGUUGCAGCUGCUGGAGAAUGUUGGGCUUUCAUUAGAGUCUUCAAAUUUGAAGGUUCCCAUUUUUUUUGUUUCUUCUGUAGCUAAAGAGUUAUUGGCCUUUUCUAAUGUUAUACCAGAAUGGCUGUGCAAGCGUAAACAGGACAAGUUAUAUGCUGGUCAACCUCUAUUUUCUCAUGUUGAGCUGCUGAAUUCCAAAAGGCUGCAUGUGUUUUCUGAAAUUCAUUCUCUCAAGUUACUAAAAAUUUGGCAGGAACCUUGUGUCAUAUUUUGUCCACAUUGGAGUCUGCGAUUAGGACCUGUUGUUCAUUUACUUCGCCGCUGGUGUGCAAAUUCAGAUUCUUUACUUGUUAUGGAGGAAGGAGUUGAUAUUGAUCUGGCUGUUUUGCCUUUCAAGCCAAUGGACAUGAAAGUCCUAAAAUGCUCAUUUCUAUCUGGAAUAAAGUAAGCCUAAAGAAAGCUCCAUAUCUGCUGAAAGCACUGCAACCAAAGCAUGUUCUGCUUCCGGAAGAUCUGAGGCCACAUUUUAGCCAUUUGGGCCACUCUUAUCCCUUUAGCUAUUUCUCUGAAAACGAGACACUUGUAAUACCCAAGUUGAAGCAGCAGGUUUCAGAAUUGUGCAUUGAUGUAGACCUGGCUUCACAGCUCCUCUGUUGCGCACAGUCUAUGCAAGAAGGCGAUAAGGAAAUGGCAAGGCUAAAGGGGGAGUUGUUCUUGGAGGGUGGCAGGUAUCGGUUGGUCUUUGGAAGUGAUAGAACAGCGUCUUCUUCACAACGUAGACCAGUGGUUUGUUGGGGAAGAAUCAACCCGGAGUCACUUGUGGCCGCUUUACAAAAGAUGGGAAUCAACACAGCUACUAAUACGGCUAAUACUACUACUACUACUACUACUACUGUGAUAGAAGUCUCAGAAGAGCAUAAUGAAGCAUUGAUUGAAGUUGCAGAACAUAAAACCAUUGUCAUUGCUGCAGAUGAGGAUUUCGCAUCCCGGAUAUCUGAUUUGAUUUGUAGCAUGUUACAAAGCAUUUAAAAUGGAUUUCUUUUGGUAGGAUUAGAGAAGAAUCAUGUGAUACUCAAAUCACGUUCUCCUUAUUUUAGAUACUGGAAAUCAUUAAUUGUUCUACCUGGUUAAUUGUUUUGUUGUGUACCUGUUUGGUGAUAUGAAUCUGAUGUCCACAUAUCUGUUGUUACAGCUACUCUCCCAACAUUCUUUUAAAGGAUGCCCAUCAUGGUCUUCUU